GGUGCGCAAUUGCAUCUCUCUCAUAGAGAGGCCGCCUGUCCAGUGCCGACCUCUGUGCCUAUGUGUGCGUGAGUGUGCAGUGCCGCGCAAAUUCGAUCGUCCAAAUUUCCAGUGCAGCCAGCUCGUUUAAGCUGAAUCGAGUUAUUAGCACAAUUGGGCUCCCGGUGGGGCGAGCUUUUCAGCUGCUGCAGGAUGACUCGGUGCGGAUAAUAAUUGGCCGCCGCUGAUUUUCAACCGAUUUCGCCGAGCAGGCACACGCGCAGUAUCAACGCAGCAUGACGAUGCUCAAGGGUUUUUUUCGCCGGAUCGGCAAGGAUCUGCGCCAGAAGAAGCUCAUUCCGCUCAAGCUAAUAUUUUUCGUCAACACUUCGACGCUUUACAUACUCUACCCGUACCUGACGCUGCAUAUGCGCGAGCUCGGCAUAAGCGUCGAGGAGACGGCGAUAAUGAGCGCGAUAACUCCGUUCGUGGCGAUAAUCAUGCCGCCGGUGGCCGGUCUGGUGGCCGAUCGCAUUGGCAACUUCAAGUUGCUGCUGUCGCUGUUCUCGGCGUUCGGCGGCGCCGCGUCUCUGCUGCUGCUGCUCGUGCCCAUCGGCAGGAUAACGAUGCAGUUCCCCGAGAGCGUCGUGCUGAGCGCCCGCUGCCAACAAGGAGCAGCAGGCGGCGGCGAGCUCGUUUACGCCAUGAGUCAGAAUCAUCCGUGCGAUUCCAAACAAGAUGCCAAGCUCGUCGAGCUCGAGUUGCAAAGCUGCGGAUACGCCUGUCCGAUGAGCACGAGCCGGUACAAUCACUCGGAAAUACAAGAGGCCAUCAUGUCGACCAACUACAGGUUCAAUGUCUGGGAUCCGAACGAGUCGACCAACUCGUCCUACGACUUUGAGAUUUCCGACAGCGACAUGCCUCACAAAAUGAAAAUCAUCGACGAUGGACGAGAGAGCCGAAAGCUGCAGAACAUCGAGUUUUACCAAGUGGCCAUCAGACAGCUGUCGAAAAAUACCCUCUUCUUUCCGGCCAACAAUCCCCGGCUGGUCGAUUUUCACUGUAGCGGCGCGGACGAGGCUCGAGGGAGGAUUUGCCGCUUCAAACCCGACUUAUCCCCGAGUUCACGCUCGGAGAAGGAGAGCCGAAUCUUUCCAACGUACCUGAAAGCUCUGGAGGUGUCGGGCUCCGACAAAGAGGACUCGCUACGACGCUACCGGUCAAACUCGUCCUCGAGCUGUCCGGCGAGCGACGAGAGAACGAGGGUCGAGGUCGAUCUGGCCAGCAGCGGCGAGUCCAUCGCUUCCGACGAGUGCACUCGCAGCUGCAUCUUCACGGCGCCCCGGGCGGAGCUCUGCACGAACGCCAAGAUCACCGUGGAGUACAACACGAGCCUGACGUUCUGGGCAUACCUCGCGAUCCGCGUGUUCAUGGGCGUGAUCGGGGGCACGUCGUUCGCCAUGUUCGAGGGCGCCGUGAUCGCCAUACUGCGCGAGCAGAAGGCCGACUACGGCCUGCAGCGGAUCUACGGCAGCAUCGGCGGCAUGAUCUCGUCGCCGCUCUCGGGCCUGCUGAUCGACUACGCGAGCGAGGGCAAGGGCUACACGGACUUCCGGCCGGCCUUCUACCUCUACGCGACCCUCAAGAUAUUCACGGCCUUCGUCAAGCUGCUCAUCAAUCUGGAGUUCAAGGCGCCGGCGACCAACGUCGUCAAAGACGUCAUCGCCGUCCUCAAGAACGUCGAGAUCGUGGCUCUGCUCGUCGCUUCCUUCGUUCUUGGUACGGCUUGGGGCUUCAUCGAGUCUUUCCUCUUCUGGCUGCUGCAAGAUCUGGGCGCUUCGAGGUCCCUCAUGGGUAUAACCAUCACGGUGGGCGGGAUCGCCGGUAUACCUUUGCUCGUACUCUCCGGGCCCAUAAUCGACAAAAUCGGACAUGCCAACGUACUCUUUAUUGGAUUCGUUUUCUACGCUAUCAGGCUAGUAGGUUACUCUUUGAUAUACGACCCAUGGCUGUGUCUUAUAUUCGAGGCUUUGGAGUCGGUCACCUCGUCGUUGAGUUUUACCGCAGCUGUGACAUAUGCUGCCAAACUGUCGACGACAACGACCGACAGCUCCAUUCAGGGCUUACUCGGAGGCCUCUACUACGGAGUUGGCAAAGGUGCUGGCAGUCUAGUGGGCGGAUACUUGAUCAAAUUCUACGGUACGCGGCCAACCUAUCAGAUAUUUUCCGUCGUCACGCUGUUCACCGGUUUCCUCUACCUCUUCUUCAAUCUCACGUAUUUGGCCAAAAGACCGCAAGUCGAAGGCAACGAAAUCGUCAAAAAGGAGCCGAAAGUCACGACGAAGGAGACUGCCGUGCAGAAGGAUUCGACGACGCCUCACCUCAAGGAGCUGGAGAACACACCGUAUCUGGUGGACGACAUCGAAGCCAUGAAUAAUGCCAAAAAUCUCGAUAUAGUCGAAGCCGUUAAUAAUCAAGACGAAGACGACGAAGUAGAAGAGCAGCGACGAGAAGUGGACAACGAAAUGAGACACAGAAACUUGGGCCUCGGUAAGGUUAACAUGGCUUUCGAAGCCGAUAACGAUACAGCCAAGCACAAGAAAAUAAGUGAAGUGUAGCCACUGUGACUGCGGCUCCGUAGCUGUUUUUUUUUCAAUUAUAAUAUUUGUUCACUCUCCGAAACAACUUUUUUUCCAAGCAAGUGCGUUGGUGAGCUAAUUUCACAGUUAUUUUUCCUCAUUACCUUCGAUCGUUUUACGCCCUAUGAUAAUUGUAAAUAUAUACUUAAUUUAAAAUAAAUCUGUAGUACAUUUAAGUGCAUAAUUGUAAAUCGUUCCUAUUGCAAUCAAUGUAACUGAAGCAGUUGUUGUAUGAGUCGAGCGAAGGAUAUCAUGUUCAUUGUUUUUUUUUUUUUUUG